GCAAAACUGGUUUGUUUGGAAAAAAUGGCUGCCGCCAUGAUGGUGCCUUUUUCACAUCUUCUGCAAGUUUAUGUGACGACCUGUUUAAAGUUUAACAUUGACACGCGGUGGACUUCAAUAUGUAUGAUCUACUUAUGCUGCAACAAUGUAAAGGCAACAAUCACUGGGUUUUGCUGUUUGCAAGUGUUAUGUCCAGGACUGUAACCAUUUACAACUCGUUGGGUGGUAACAACAAGGCCUUGUUCGAUUUUUGUUCUGCCAGUUCAUGUGUCAACGAGCGCAAAUUGUGAAAGAUGGCGUGGAAAAAAAUCAGUUCAGAGUUCAAAGCGCCACCUUGCAACAAACAGCGCCAUGGAAACAGCUGUGGAGUGUUUGCAUUGAUGACUGCCAAAUGUUUGGUCAUGAAAAAGCAUCCCACAAUGUUGCGACAGGCCCAUGAUUCAGUUUAUCGAGACUAGUCGUGAGAAGCAGACUUCUGAUUCAUGGAGUGCGGCAAACAUAUCUGUGCGACUCGAUCACUCCACUGUAAAGACCCGCACGGCAUUAAAAUGGAUAUUAUCAAUAUGUGUUGUUGCUCGAAAAUAUGUUUGUGUAGCAGGAAGUGCUUUGGGCUCGAUUAAUCUGAGAACUCAACAAAAUAUUAAUAAAAUCCUUCUGUGCCUUUUAGUUCUGAAAACAGAAGUAGCCAGUUGGUAUUACACAUCUCCUAAACAAGUACAGCACGAUAAAACUUAAGAUUUUAUAAUCCUAAAUUUUUAUAACAUCUUUAUAUCCACACAAAAAUAUUGAUGAUUGUGGUGCUCAGAUUGCAAAACCACCUGUUUGGCAAAAAUAAUGCAGAUGGUUAGAUUAUGAUAAGUGCAAGAAAAAAAGAAUAACUCUGGAGAUAAUUGAUAUGAUAAUCAUUGCUUGACAGAAUCACAAUUGACCUAGAUAUUUAUUUAUGUAAUGGUGUAUUUUUCAAUGAGUGCCUUAAGAUUCCAAAAACAUAUUGACUUAAAAUAAAUAAUCCCGAUGGCAAAUAAAUAAUCCCGAUGGCGUAAAUGACUUAUCAUUUCAUGUUCAUGAACCAGCUUUAAAAUACUGUGUUGACUUAUCUGCUAGGCGGUGAGGACUUUUAGACCACCUGAUAAACUUCAACUUUAUUUGCCCUAGUUCAGUAACCGACUAAAGAUAUGCUAACAUAAUACUGAUGACUGAUGAGUCUGUUGUGUCUUAUAUUUUCAUUGCUACUUAAAAUAUUAAGUCUAUUUCAACGUUUAGACUAAUAAUAAGCAAAUUCGUUAAAUUGAUAUCCCCCACCAAAUAAAUUUUGAUCAAAAGACCGGCCGUGAAAUAUACUGCGGACAGUAAGUAUAAAACAGGGUAAGUUUUUCUGACGUUUCAUAAAAUCUUUAGCAUUGAUACAUCAUGGAAUCAAGAAAACGAAAGGCGUACAGUAUUGCGGAGAAGUUGAAUGUUGUUGAUCGGUUACGUAGCGGAGAAGCGCAGGUCUCAGUCUCCAGUGACCUCAACAUCGCUGAAUCAACCCUACGAGGAUGGUUGAAGGAUGAGGAGAAACUGCGGUCCAGUCUGGCAGGCAUGGACUGUGAAAGCUCAAAGCGGAAACGCCAGCGUACCGCUAAAGAUACCCAGCUGGAAAAAGCCGUGAUUGACUGGUUCAACCAGGAGCGGAGCGAGGGCACCACUCUAUCGGGGCCAAUCGUUCAAGGUCAAGCUAAGGCUUUCCACCAGAUGAUCCACGGUGAUGGAGCUGGGGGUUUCGAGGGUAGCAACGGUUGGCUACGGAACUUCAAAAGCCGGCACGACAUCCAUGAAGUCCGUAUCCGAGGGGAGCAGCGAUCUGCCGACGAAACGGCAGCAGCCGAGUACCCGCCGAUUCUAAAGAAAAUUAUCGAUGAAGGCCAGUACACUCCGGAGCAGAUAUACAACGCCGACGAGACGGGUCUAUACUUCAAGAUGCUGCCGGAUCGAACACUAGCGAAGCGAAGUGAUGAACAGAAAACGCUUGGAUUCAAGCAGGCCAAGAACCGUCUGACUAUAUUACUGUGCACCAACAGUACAGGCACGCAUAAGCUCCCGCCUCUGGUCAUUGGCAAGUUCGCUAAGCCCAGAUGUUUUCACCAUCUCAACAUGGAGACGCUACCAGUGGUGUACGCCAACAGCGCUAACGCAUGGAUGACGUCAGCGAUCUUCGAGGAUUGGUUUCACCGGCACUUCGUUACAGCCGUCCGCCGUCACCUGCGCCAACAGCGGCUCCCUACAAAGGCGCUUCUACUCCUGGACAACUGUGGGGCCCACCCCAAGACAUUGGCAUCUAAGGAUAGGAAGAUCGUCAUAUCCUUCUUGCCGAAGAACACUACGUCAAAGAUACAGCCGAUGGAUAUGGGAAUCAUUGCGAAUUCCAAACGCAUGUACCGUCGCCAUCUCGUGAAGUCGAUCACCGCAAGGGGCGACCUCAGUCUCCCAGAAUUUCUGAAAAGGCGAACGAUCAAGGAGGCCAUAUACAUGUUUGCCAGCGCCUGGGAAGAGGUGUCCAGACAGAGCAUUCAUGGCUGCUGGCGCAGGGCCUUAGGGGAGGCGAUCGUCACCUCCGAUGACGCCGACGACAGCGACGAGGAGUUCGAGGGUUUUAGCGCGGCUGACGUAAGCAGAGCGUUUGGGGUCUCUGACACUGACAUUGAAGAGUGGCUGAACGUCGACGAAGACCUGCCGACCACAGCCCAUUUGACUGACAACGAGAUCGUGGCAAACGCGACAAGUCAGUGUACGGAGGCAGAGGAGAGCGCCGACGAAGACGAGGAUCAGGAAAUGGAACCGGUACCUGCCUUGUCGUCAGUCGUGCAAGGCCUCGAGCUAGGUCUACGAUGGCUGGAGACCAGCUCAAACGGAACGGCAGCGCAGACUUGUCAUCUGCGGAACAUAAUAGCCAUGGCACGAGCAGCAGCCCGAGACUCGUGCAAACAGAGAAAAUUGACUGACUUCUUCCACAGCCACAGUGAUUAAAUGACACUAAAUGUACUUGCUGCUGUUGUGCAUCUCUUAUUGUAUUGUAUUUUAUGCGUAUUAAAAUGUAUCCGUCUUAUCGUUUAUUAUAUGCAGUAUUCUGAACAUUCAUGACUAAUAAACAAGUCCUCUUAGUUACUUGUGUUGAAUAUCUUACAAUUCCCAGAAAAUUUGUUUUAACAUCGCACGAUUUUCAGAAAAUCAUGUAUACAUGUAGCAUUUGAGAGUCUAAUUUUAAAUUCGCUGUCCAUUGGUCAGAACCGUACCUACUGAAUGCUCUAUCCCAUAAUGCACUGUACUCUUUACACUUCUGAAAUAACGCAUAGGCAUAUGCUUGGUUAACGGAUUUAUUUUAGCACAUGUAUCGUCAUAACAUGUCAGGAUUACUUAUGGUAAUUAUUUUGGAUUAUCGGAUAUAUAUGCACACUAUAAAAGCGGUAUGUAUACAGUUAUCGAUACAAUUCGGUUUAUAUGCAUGUAUUGGAGAAUGACAACACAGCAUGGCAAUACCAUACCUGUACCAAUAAUGAGCUCAAAACAUAUAACGCGGAUCCGUUAUAACGCUGUUGCGUGGCUUGGACCCCGUCAUCCGCGUUAUAUUGGAGUUACAGUGUAUUGAUGGGUGCAGAACUAACAGAAAAGUUUAUUUGAAGGGUUGUACCCUUAUCUCACUUAUUUAAUAGUAACAACAUAAAAAACAAUUGGCAAUAACUCUUAUUUAAGAAAGUGUAGGGUUAUAGAUUUUGUGCAUGACACCUCUCCUCAUUGAUAUCUUAACAUCCAUUAAAUUUCAUCUUUAAAUCGUGUAUAGUAUCUGUGAUAUAGUCCUAAAAAGUAACAUCAGACAUGUACAUAUGUACUAGGGUUAUGUUUCUUGUGCAUGGCACUUAUUCUCAUUGACAAUUAUACACCCAUGACAUUUCAUGUUGAAAUCUUGUAUUUAUAGUUUCUGAGAUAAAGCCCUGAAAAGUUACAUCAUACAAAACAACAAAGGGCAAUAACUCUUAUUUAAGAAAGUGAAGGGUUGUGGUUCUUAUGCAUGGUUCUAUAAAUGAGAUAUAGCCCUGAAAAGUUACAUCAUAAAAUAACAAUAACAAGAAAGGGCAAUAACCGUUAUGUAAGAAAGUAUACGGUUAUGGUUCUUGUGCAUUGAUAAUUAUACACCCAUGAAGUUUCAUGUUAAAAUCUUGUAUAAUAUCUGAGAUAUAGCCCUAGUUACAUCAUAGAAAAACAACAAAGCGAAAUAACUCUUAUUUCAGAAAGACACGGGUUAUGGUUCUUGUACAUGGCACCUCUCCUCAGCUAUAUUUAUACACCCAUAAAGUUUCAUGUCGAAUACUUAUAUUGAGUUUCUGAGAUAAAGCACUGACAAGUUUGUGAGUGACUGCACUGACAGAAAGACCUACAGUACGUUUAAGUAUAUUUAGCGUACCCGGGGUACAUUAAAGUAUACUUAAGAGUACACGGGGUACUUUAAAGCAUUACCCGAGCCGAAGCGACAAUUACCAAUCAAGCUUAUUGACAUAUUAAAUAAAUGAUGAUAGUGGUAACUAUGAUUGUGUGAAAUAUAAUAAAAUAGUUUUCCUGAAUUGAGUGUACAUGUGAAUAAGCUAAAAUAAUGAUAAAAAGGCUGUAUAUAUAUAUAUAUAUAUAUAUAUAAUCUGAAAAUAUUUUCUUAAAUCAAUGUUAUAUCUUUGUAUUAAAAAAGUGCAACACUCAUGACUGUAAAUUAGGCAUUACCAUAUUUCUUUACAACGUAAUGCAUGUACAUCAUCGAUAUAUAUAACAUUUAAAACGAAAAUCGUUUUAAAAUUCAAAUGUUUGCAUGGUGUUAGAACUACUGUUUUGAUAUCUUUGUUGUGAACAAUGUGUUUAGGUUCAACGUCCGAAAAAAAGAUGUCCGAAAAUAACUGCAAGCUGUUAAAACGCGAAAUUAAGUUGAAUUGAAACAACAAUGCGUUAAAUAUUAUUUUUCAUCAAUCUGACAUUUUUCACGGCGACUGAUCGGAGCAAUAUCACGGAGGUACUGUGAAAUCGUCAGAUCUCACGAUCUGACAAUAUUGACGCUACACCGGUCUAUUUCGUUUCCGUAGAGAUAGCUAAUGUCGUCCGUUUGUAAGCUCAAAUUUGAUUGGCUGACGGGUUCAAUAGCUUAUUCUAAAAAUAAAUGCUGCUCGAGCAGCAUAUUGCUGGUCGAGCAGGAAUUUUGCUGCUCGAGCAGCAUUUAAAUGCUGCUCGACCACUAAAUUGCUGCUCGAGCAGCAUUUUUUCUGCUCGAGCAGAAGUUAAAGUUUCGACCCCUUUGGUGCGCCAUAGUCCGAUGCGUUCAGAUUGUUGCGUCCAGUAAGCGGAACGUUUUACUAACGUUCGGAACAGUUCGCGUGUUUCCGUAACUGAACGGACCGUUCGGCGAGAACGUUCCGCAACGAAACGAAACGCAUUUGGGCGGUCGUUUUCAAAGCGAACAAAGAUGGAGGACAGUUCAUUGAUGAAGCUCACUCUGCAGUUGCCUGAUGGAAAAAGGGUUUCCUUCCAUGUUGAUGAGGAGACGUACAGGCUUGUUGUAGAUGAAAAGGAUGAAGACACUAUUCGCUAUCUUGUCAGUCAGACAGUUGAUGGAGAGCAAGAUUCUGGUAUUGUGCUAGCUGAUUAUGAUUCAUCAGAUGUUCCGACCACCGAAGAUCAAUCAAAAUGCAAGUAGUUUGGACUCCAGAACUGCAGACUCAGGAGCUGCAACUGCAUCUGCAUCAGGUGUUCGAUGGACCCAUGAAGGGAUAUUGUUGAUGCUGUCUCUUUAUGAAGAACAUAAACAGAAAUUUGAUUCCGUGGAGAUUGAUAGCAGAAGAGAUGGCACACAAAGAUGUUACUGUCACAGGUGAAGCCUGUGACAGUAAAUUCCGGUUGAUGAAUUUUAGUACAAGAAGAUAGUGGACCAGCAUGCCACUAGUGGGAGCGGGCGAAAAAACUGGGAAUACUUCCAAAGGAUGGAUGAGCUAUUUGCUCGAGAUCCAUCUGUAAGACCAGCGAUGGUUGUGUCGUCAAUGCCAGUUCAGCAAGAUGUUACUGUAACUGUAACUGCAAAGCCGCCACCUGGGCCACGUAGACCCAUUGUUCAUAAAGCACCAACUCCCCCACCAAUUGACCAGCCAGCAGGAAGGGCAACCACCCCUUCUACAGAGGGGACUGAUGAGCUUCUUGCUACCCCUCUCAUCAGAAAAAGAAAAAGAAGUGGGAGCCAAGACCCUCCAGAAUGGUUCCGGAGCUACAUGCUAGAACAUUCGCAAAGACUAGACCGCUUGGAUGCCCAUAACGAGCGUUUGACUGCUUUGGCGGAACAAAAAAAUUGUCUACUGGAGCGACUUGUUGAGGCUCUGACCUCCAAUAAAAGUUGAACUGUCUAGAGAUUCCCAUUACUCCUGCAAACAGCGAGUGUAAAUAUGUUGAGUUGUGUUUCGUCAUUGUCUCAUUGUAAAGUAUCCAGUUAUUUUAGGCCAAGAUGAACUUGCAUUAUGGGGAAUUCAGAGCUGAUCUUUUAUCUAUGUAUAUAUUACAAUUAUUAUAAUUGUCAUUGUGUUAUUAUUAAAUUCUCUUUGUUUA